AUGCGGUGUCUCUCUGUCAUGGUCGCCGCCCUCUGGGCUGGCGCGGUCAGCGCCAUGCCCGCCUCUGAGUCCUCGACAUCUUCUCUUACUUCUCGCAAACCCGGAAAGCCCGGAAAGCCCGUAACGCUGCCGGAGGAGUUCGAGUGGAAAUCCACCGGGCCCCUGAUCGGCCCCAAGGACGACGACCGCCAGCUCGCGGGUAUCAAGGACCCUACCAUCAUCGAGAAAGACGGCACCUACCACGUUUUCGCCAGCACGGCCAAGGCCGAGGGCUACAACCUUGUGUACCUCAACUUCACGUCCUUUGACAAGGCGGACUCGGCGCCGUUCUACUACCUAGACCAGGCGCCCCUAGGUGUCGGGUACCGCGCAGCCCCAGAGGUCUUCUACUUCGCACCGCACAAGCUCUGGUACCUCAUCUACCAGAACGACAACGCAGCCUACUCGACCAACCCGGACAUCAGCAACCCGGCCGGCUGGACGGCGCCCAAGACCUUCUACUCGGUGCGCCCCAAGACCGUCGACGACAACAUUGGGGAGGGCUACUGGGUCGACAUGUGGGUCAUCUGCGACGCCAAAAACUGCCACCUCUUCUCGUCGGACGACAACGGCCACCUGUACCGGUCGCAGACCAAGGUCUCCGAAUUUCCCGAGGGCAUGAGCGAGCCCGUUAUCGCCCUUGAAGACCCUGACCGCUACAAACUUUUCGAGGCCUCGUGCGUGUACACCGUCAAGGGCGCUGUCGGCAAGCAAAAGUACCUGCUGCUAGUCGAAGCCAUCGGCACCGACUCGCAACGCUACUUCCGCUCGUGGACGUCGGACAAGAUCGACGGGGAGUGGACACCGCUGGCGGAUACCGAGGAGAACCCGUUCGCGCGGGCGAAUAACGUCGAGUUUGAGGGGGAUGCGUGGACGAAGAGCAUCAGCCACGGCGAGGUGGUCCGGAAGCUGACGGACCAGACGCUGACGAUUGAUGUGUCGCAGCCGCUGCAGUUUCUAUAUCAGGGCCUGGAUCCGUCCAAGGACUCGGGCGAGUACAACGCGCUGCCGUGGCGUCUGGCCUUGAUCACCCAGGAGAAGACCUCGAGCUGCAAACCGCGGGAGUGA